AAAAAUAUGGUGUAGGGAGCUGCAGCAGAGAAAUACUUUUACGAUUUUUUUUUAUCAGGAAUUUAAUAACCAACGUUACGUACUAUACUUUCUGUUCUGUUUUGAUAUUUUAAUAUAUUUUAAAAUUCUAUGAGUUAUAACAAAGGUAUUCAAAGUUCAGCCCAGACUGUGGUGAAUGUGCUUGGUUAACUUGUGUUGCGUCAAGGAAACAGAUCCCAUUUAGCUAAAGCAAAAAUAUAAAAGAGAGAAGAUUAUUCCCUCCAUUAUGGGUGAUUUAGGCCUUAACAAUGUUCAUGAGGAAGAAGUGAGAAAGUUUUUAAAGUUUGCUCGCUACAACCGAACACAACAACUUCGAUCUGUAGAAGGAAGUUUUCAAGAUGUCAGAGAUAGCAGACUCCAUGAGGAUACAUUUACCGUGGAUGAGGUGGAAGAAAUGUUGAAUGGCCUACAAGCCAUAGUCAAAGGAUCUGUUGAAACUGAGCUUCUUAAUGCAGCUCACACCAAUGUGUUAUUAUUGGUUCAAUUAUUUACACAAGCAGAAAAAUGGCAUUUGAAAUUACAGUCAGAUAUUUCAGAGUUAGAAAACCAAAAGUUGCUAAAAGAAAUUGCUGAGUUUGAAGAAGAGGAACUAGCUGGUGUAAAGAAGAAAAAAGGACUUGACACUUUGUCACUGACCCAAAAGAAGCUCGAACCACUAAACGAAGGAGGAUCAACUGCUCUCCUUCAAAUGGAGAUCAAUAGAUUGAUCGAAGAAAAUGAAAACUUGAAAAAGAAAGUUGAAACAUUGGAAAAAUCGACCAAUUCAACAUUGGAAGAAAAGUCUAAAUUAAAACAAGAUUUGGAGAAUGCGCAAAGACUCGCAUCCAACAGAAAGCCUUCCCCAACCCUUGUUCAGUCGAAUCCUGUACAACCAAGACCUGUAAGUCCUGCGGAAAAUAAAUACAAAGAGAAGUAUGAUUCAGUUGAAGAGGAACUUACUAUUACCAAGCAUCGUGUUCUGGAGCUACAACACGAACUUGAAGUUAUGAACGAGGAAUUGGAUAAGAAGUUUUCAGAAACAACGCAAUAUAGAAAUAUGAAGAAAAUGUUGGAAGGAAAAAACGGACAAAUGAAAGAAUUGCGGAAUCGUUUGAAAAAAUACGAACCGGAUUGUGAACUCUAAUCAAAACAUUGAAAUUUGUUGUCUGGUAACGUCUUGAGGUUGCUUGAAGAACAUCGUGUGAAACAAAAAUUUUUAUCAUUCUUUUUUAAUUUAUUAUAUAGAGAAGAAAAUAUCGUGAUUUUCGAUAGUAUUUGUGAAUAUAGUGAAAUUGUAAUUUAUAA